ACUUAUAAUAAAGUGUCUGCCUGAAUUCGAGUCUGUGCGGUACCGUCUUGAAAUAUCGACUAUAUAUAUAUCUUGACCGCAUAUUUGUACUUACAAGUUCAAGUAUCAUAGUAUUUAUAAACGGUUUCAUUUGAAGCGAAGUUUUGCUUCAUUAUCUAUUGACCCAUAUCGCUAUUUUUUCCUCAGGAAAAUACUGGGGGUAACUACUACCACUUAUUCGUCUUUUGAAAACUCCAAGAUUUCGUAUAAAAGGAACAGCCAAAAAGUAUAUUCUUUAGUUGUAGCUCGUUUUCGCUUUGUGCCUUUUCUUUUAACCGACCUGCCAGUAUGGAUUUCCAACAAACCCGUGAUAUAUGAUUUCUGCUUUAAAAAAACUUCCUGAUAUAUGGUCUUCAGCCUUAAAGUCAGUUCGAUGGUUAUGCACUUCGCCAUCCUAUCUGAACAAUAAUUCCUCUGUUCCUCUCGUAGAAUUGAGGAAUCGCCGUGAAAUCUUUGUCAACAAUCUGAACAUUUGCACUGGAAAGCUGGUAAAUAAGCCUUCUUGUCACAUAGUUAUAAUACCAGCCGCAGAAAUACAGUAUAUGGCUUACCAUGUUCCAUACCCUUUUCACCAAGAUUCCAACUUCUUCUACUUCACUGGGUUAAGUAAACCUAAUGGAGUUCUGUUGUUUUGCACAGAUAAAACAGAACAUCGCGAUCAAAGUGGCUCCAAUUGGUCGACUCAUCUAUUCGUGGAGACUCAAAACAAACAUGCCGAAAUCUGGGAUGGUCCAUCUUUGACGUUAUCAGAAGCUUCUUUGGCAACUGGAGUUGAUAAUUCCCAUCCUUUGAACGAAUUUAGUAACUUUCUGAACCAUCAAGCUUUAUUUGUACAAUCCAUAUGUGUUUGGUAUAGUCCAUUAUCAUCCAAAAAUUUUGUUGAGCGCCCCUUAAAUAAGUUCGUUUUGAAAAAGAUUUUAGAAUUCUCCCGACAAAUUGGCGAUAAAAGUAUUAGUUUUGAAAAUCCAGACUAUAUAAUCGACAGAAUUCGCUUUAUAAAAUCAAAUUAUGAAAUAAAACAGAUUAAAACCGCGGUUAUUGCAGCGAUCGAGUCUCUUAAGUCGGCUAUGCAAAUUACACAACCAGGAAUUACGGAAACUGCUUUACAAGGUCAUAUAGAAUACCAAAUGCGCAGCCGAGGCUGUUCUGUCGGGUAUCCUCCUGUUGUUGCUGGAGGGAAUAGAACAAACAUCAUUCAUUACAUGAAAAACAAUAUGAGAAUUGAGAAUGGGGAGUUGGUUUUGGUGGAUGCUGGAUGUCGCUUUAACGGGUAUACGUCCGAUAUUACUCGAACUUGGCCAGUAAACGGAUACUUUUCGGCACCUCAAAAAGUUAUACAUGAAAUAUUAGUUGAUGUACAGAACUCAUGUGCAUCUUUAGCCUCUCCUGAACAAAGUCUGCAAGAUGUAUAUCAUCAUAUGCUGUCUGAAAUAGGACGACACUUAAUAAGUGAGGGGAUUAUCCCAGACCAGGACAAGUUGUAUGUUGCACAAAAGAUAUGUCCACAUCAUGUCGGACAUUAUCUUGGUUUAGACAUUCAUGAUACUCCUACUAUACCUAGUACAAAACGUUUCGAAGCAGGCGUUGUGUUCCCUUUAGAACCAGGUAUUUACUUCAGAGAUGAGUUGGCGAAACUGGGCGUUUCGAGAGACUUUCUGGGCAUCGGUAUGCGAGUAGAAGACGAUUUCGUCAUGUCAAAAACUGGCUGUGCUGAGAAUUUAGAACACGUCAAAGAUGAUUUAUUAUUUGGAGAAGCCUAAAAUUCAUGUCAUAAACUCAAAAUUGAUGAAUAUGUUGAUUUAAUUACUAUGGAUUUCUUAAUUGUCACAAUAGUCUUUAAAUCAGUGUUUCAUGAAAAUACCAUACAACAUUCCACCUGACGC